UCUAUAUGUACAGACCUCGACUGGAAAGUGGGUCGAUCUUUGUGGCUGACCCCGUAUACAUCCAGAUAGAUUCUCCUGAAAGAUAGAAGAUGGACAUGACCAACCCAGUAUACAAAAUAAUAGUGCUUCAUGAUAACCCAAAGUGGUUUCCAUUGGUCAAAGAAGCAUUGAAGGAUUAUGACGUCAUAACUGACCAAUGGUUAGCUGACGAAGUCGACAUCGACCUCACGUCAUCCCCACCAAAGAACACCAUCUUCUACAACAGAUGCAGUCCGUCGUCCCAUACACGUGGUCACCCAUUAUCCCUUGAGCAGGCCCGUGUCAUCAUCAAGUGGUUACGUCAUCACGACGUGGUAGUAGUGAAUAGUCUACCUGCUAUAGACAUCGAAGACAGCAAAGCCUUCCAAUACCUCAUGGCCAAGGACUGUGGCUUAAAGAUCCCUCAGACCGUCUUCACUUCCAAACCGACAAAGGCACUUAUAGAGAAGCACUUCGGAACGGACGCACCGUUUCUUAUCAAACCAGAUAGAGGUGGACAUGGCAUAAACAUACAACUCUACCACAAUGUUGCCGAAUUCGAAUCGGAAAAGGAACUGCCUGGUUCUUAUACAGGACUGUAUUUGAUUCAGAGUUACCUCACCCCAACGUCCGGCGUUUACAGAGCAGAGUUCGUCGGGCAACAAUUUCUGUACGUCAGUAAAGCAACAAUGUGCGACGGCUUCUCGUCUAAUUACUGUCCUGACGAUUUACCCAAAGACAGGUUCCAGAUUCUGAAAGAACUUGAUGAUCCUGUUAUCGAUAAGUGUACGAAACUGUUUCAAACUCCCGGGUUAGAUAAUGGCGCAGUGGAGUUUAUCUAUGGCCCAGACGGUGUUCCAUACGUCAUAGAUGUCAACUGUAACACUGUCUACAAUACCAAGGUGGAAAUUGAAGCAGGGGUACCACAAGGAUGGAAGAAAGUUGCUGAAACGUUGUUUGCGAAAAUUUUGUAUUUAAAGGACGCUAAGUAACGUUUAAGCUGGAGACAGCUAUGACGGGUCUGGGGUGGGGUGGGGGUGUAAGGGGAGGGGAUGAAACGUUGUGUCACACAUACAGGACGCCUGUUAUAAUAAGAAGGAGCUGUAUCCAGAUUAUUUUGUUUUGAAAUUUAUACUGAAUAUUGCGAUAUGCUUUAUGUAAAUGGAGUUUAUACUGAACAUAUCUGACAAAUGGUUAGCUGACGAAGUUGACAUGGACCUCAAGUCACCCCCACAAAAGAACACCAUAUUCUACAACAGAUGCAAUCCAACGUCCCAUACACGUGGUCACCCAUUAUCAAUUGAGCUGGCCCAACUAUUUAGGACGCGUGUUAUAAUCUGAAGAAGAUGUAUACAGAUAUUAUUGUUUUGAACUUUAUACUCAAUGUUGCGAUAUGCUCUAUGUAAUUGGAAUUUAUAUUAAUAAUAUUAUAU